UGUUUGUACAUUAGACUUCAUCAUCAUGUAGUUAAUAGUUAUGCUGUAAAUACAGUUGCUAAAGAUGUCUGUAAAAAUAGUGUAUUAUAUGUGUAAGAGGACAUUGAAUGAAAGAGCAUGUGAAACCAAAGUUAUCUGUACUAUAUGAUGAGCUACAACGCUUAGGUCAUCAAGGGCAGAUACUCAUUUUGUCAGGUCCUGAGGAUCUCAUUGCAACAGUCGCAAUACUGGAAAUGCCCAAGGCAUUCGACAUACUCAGACAAACGAACAGUUGCAGAGUCAGUCCUCCACGCUGUCGACUGUCAGGAACAAAAGGUAUCCCACACUUGAACAAACAACGAUGGCAAGAGACCUAGGAAAUAUCCUUCUGUCUUUUCCCAAGGCGUGCUCGAACCGGACUCGUUCAGGCAGUCUUUCGCAGCCGCAAGCCAGAUGGCGACUUUUGGGAACGCAGAGAUGCAUCUGUGUCCUAGAUCUCCAGACAGCACAGAGAGAGAGAGAGAGAGAGAGAGAGAGAGAGAGAGAGAGAGAGAGAGAGAGAGAGAGAGAGAGAGAGAGAGAGAGAGAGAGCGUCUUAAGAAGUACUCGUCGUCGGGAGGAGAGAAGCAAUGCGGAUUCGGCUCCUGCAAAGUCGCAGAGCUUCAGAGUCCGAAAACUAUAUCUGAGCACUGAAAUGAAAUACAACGCUAAUAUAAAACUCAUUUAUACUACAUUAAAUGUGAGGCUGUUUGAAAAUCAAAAUUUUUAUCUUCUGAAGCAUAUUGGCGAAGACCUGGUUCUAGGGAAGUACCGAGAUGGCAACUCGAUCCAGAACAGCAAUGCUCACGAGACACACUGUGAAUGGAUUCCGCUACCAGGUGGCUGUGGUCACCAAGGGCCGCGCAGUGCUGGUGCAGGUGGUGGAGUGGAUGUACCAAGGCGGGCCCUGUGUAAAGACCUAUUUUCUCAGUCUAGGGCACUCCAAGGCAGACUACAAACGCAAGUUCAACAGCGAGCAAAGACAUUUGUUAGAGAGAGGUGUCCCAUUUAAGGAGUACGACAUCUCACUGCUCUACAGUGUUCUCCAACUCAUGUGCGGACUGGCUGGCCCGAGCGACCCUGCCUGGGCUUCCCCUCCCACGGGCCAGCCUCUGGAGCAUCUCCUGCACAAGGUGAAAAUAAAGCGCAACGACAUUGCGCACACAAAUGACGUCCGGCAGAUGUCGGACCAAGAGCUUAUGAAAGAGUUGAGGAAACUUAGGUGCUUGUUCUCUAGGAUUCUUAGGUUGGCCGGGAACAGAUGUGGAAUACGUCCUCAUGUUUUCCGUGAUCAGGUUUGGGAGAUCAAGCAAAACUUUCAGGACCUCUUAAAAAAGGUUAGAGAACCUCUUCAGGCUUCAGACCUGGACAAGUUCCCACAACUGCAACAAGAAAUUCAAGUCUUUCAAAAAGCACUUCAGAACAAGAUAAGGGAGGCGAGUGAGCGGGAGCUGCGUGGUCUCUACCCGCAACUGUGGGAUGUGACUCUUGCACAGUGGCUGUAUCCAGACCUUAAAAUCCGACCGAGUGUAAACUUUACGAACCUGGUAAUCAAAGAGGACACCUCAACUCUGUCACCGUCUCAGCAACUGCAACACCAGCCUCGGGACAUAUCUCACAAGGAUCUGUUGCAAAUCACAGAUGCCUACGGUCGCCUGCCUGAAGUGAUCAUAAUAUCAGGUGAGGGAGGAAUGGGGAAGACCACGCUGCUGAAGCACAUGUUGGAGAUGUGGGUGAGAGAUCCCUCGCAAAUCAAGGGACUUCAAGCUGUUUCUCCUCUACUGUACCUACAGCUGAGAGGGUCCACCAUUACCAACUGGAAGGACAUGCUUAAGAGUGCCCUUUGCAGUACAUUUCAGGAGUCUGGACUUACUACUGACGUUUUUGCCGAUCUAUUUCAGGCUAUGCAUGUUGUAGUCCUUCUGGAUGGUUAUGAUGAAGUGAGUAAAAAGGCAAAGGAGCUCAUAACUGAUCUCAUAAGCUACCGAAGAAACAUGCGUAUUUUGAUAACCACUAGACCGAGCUGUCAGAAAGAGCUGACUCAAAUAAUGAAGAAUAAGAAGCAAGUAAUGAACAUCGAAAUCAAAGGCAUUGAUAGGAAAGAUCGCUCCUACUUUAUUGAAAACACUCUAACUGCUCUUGUACAUGAUCCAGUGCGAAGGGAUGAAUUGAAAGAGAAAAUCAUUAGUAAUCUUUGGAACUUGAAAACGGAGCAGGGAGAUAUGGACGUUCCUCUAACCCUGACCCUGUUGAUCAUACGCGACGUUGAGGCUCCAGAUGAGAGCUCACCCGAUGUCUAUCAGGACUUGACAUCCCUCAUGAUUAAAAAAGUCAAGGAGAGAGUGGCAGCAAAGGGCAUUGGUGUAACUCUGGACAAAGUUCGAGAAUAUCAUGAUUUCCAGAGAGGAGUUGCUCUACGAUGUCUGAAGAAACACGAACAUGACUUGCUGUCAGAAACAGUGGCAGAUUUGAAAGCAAAGUGCAAUGAGCUAAAUCUGCCACACAAAGAAAUUCUAUCUGGAUUUCUUACCUCAAAGAAAUUUAGGCAAGGUCUGUUUAUCGUCCAAGUGUGGUCCUUCCCUCACAAUCGAUUUCAAGAACACUGGGCUGCAAGUCAUAUAGCUACACAGUUGUCAAAGAUGUCCCACGCACUGCCAGACAUGACAGGCUUGUUGGAUUUUGAUUUCCUAACUGAUGCCGAGAAGAAGAAAAAGAUUGGUAUGCCAGGACUGCCAACUGAGGAGGAAGUAGUAACCUUUAUGUUCAACAAAAAUCCUAUUCUCCAGAUUUAUGCAGACAAUAUUGAAGAGGCACAAGAACUGAUAUGGCAAAAUAUAGUAGGAGACAUAUCAAUACUACUAAUGGAAAUCGUUUUUCACAUUGCACGUAUUUUGUCAUUGUCACAAGAGAACUUUCUGGAUAAGUUUGCAUAUGCUAUCAUCAGCUUUAUAUUAUACAGUGAUCAAUCUCAUCUGAUCAGUAAGAAUAGCUGCCACAGGAUCUGCGAGACGGUGAUGGCUUCGGGACAACAUCCCAGUAUCUUAGAGGCAGCUGCCAAAGUGCUGAGAAACAGAGGCACACUAAUGACUCGAGGGGAGUAUCUGCCUGGCUUCGUAGCUUUGUUUGACUACGUCAGGCCUUCCUGCGUGGAAGUCUUCAUGAGUAAAGAGACAGAAGAGUUGCCACCAAGCUGGCAGGUCUCUGGUCUGGAGGCAUUGUCCAAGCAGAACAUUGAAGUCAUACUCAUUAUAAGUGAUAUAAAGAGUUCUAUUCAGUUUUCUGAGGCAUGUCUCCGGGCAACCACAGGCCCAGGAAGUGUUUGUCGGCUGACCAAGUUCGAAGGUGAAUUGACAGCGGUCGGGAUGCAGCUUCUUCCUGAUCGCCUGGAAAAGAUGAGAACCACGUCUGACGGGGAGGGAGUACGGGCUUUAGUGACGAGGCUUCAACUUCUACGGAGACUUCAGAUCUUAGAUUUCAAGGGUCAGCUGACAGCCGCCGACGUGCGCCUCCUGCCCAGUAUCCUGAGGAAUCUGGAAGUGAAGACGGACAGGGAAGGCUUCAGGGCCCUGGCAGCAAGCCUUCCUCGCCUGGUGAAGCUGGAGCAUUUAGACUUCGAAGGCCACCUGACGGAGGCAGAGAUGCCCCUCCUGCCCGAGGUGCUCUUCUCGCUCAGGGUCCAGACAGACGGCGCGGGUCUCCGGGCUCUGGCAAGGAGACUUCCCUGCUUGACAAAGCUGUUAUCGUUGACUGUAAGGCUGCUGGACUGCCCUCCAGUUGACUCUAUGAGCGCCCUUCCCUGUGAGGUAAAGCACCUGACUCUGGACCUCAAGCAUGUCACGCCCCCUUCCUGGGAGUGGGUGUGCGACGCCGUGCACGUCCUCUGCUCUUCACGUAGACAGGAGUUUUACGUAAACGUCCCAUUAGGCUGCGGUGCAGAGCGUCUGGCAGGAGCUCCGGGACCGAGGCGCGCAAAUGUUCGGGAAAAGUUCGAAGCAGAUUCGAAUCCUGUCGUGGAACCUCAGCUGCAAGAUAUAGGUCACCGACGGAACGCCCCUUGCCCUCUGGGGGCUUUCUGCGCAGCACUGGCGCGGAGUGCGAAACGAGAGCUCCGCGGGGCAUCGGGGCAGAACUGGGAUCCUGACGAUGCGAAAUCCUGGCAGAAGGACGUCCCGAGGUUGGCUGAAGUUGGGCGAAGAGUCGAGGCAGAGAUUUCCUUUUCAUGUGGCCCGAGUGGUGAUGUGUUAACGGUAGGUGUCGGGGCAGUGGUAGAGAUUGGGGCAUCUGGACCUAGAAUUGCAAAAGAAUUCGACUGGUGGAGGAGGGAGGUAGAACUUAUAGAAAACAGACAUCCCUGUGACAAGUCCCUGGUCCCCACCACCGCCGGCGCUUGGCUGCCUGAUGGAGGAGCGGCCUCGGCGUCCGAACCAUCUCUCGCUCUUGAGGUGUCCCUCGAGCUGCGUGAAGGGGACGUCGCCUUGGCUCUCGUCCUCACGCGCGC